AUGGCGAUCAUCACAGAGAUCAUAGGUCUCAUCCGGGAACACCUCCCCAUCAUAGCCGCUGUUCUUGUGCUGGUGCACCUUGCCCGCAACUACUUCACCCGAGGCGUCUCUGAAGUUCCUGGACCAUUCCUCGCUAGAUUCUCUAACCUAUGGAGGUUCAUUGAUGUAGCCAGAGGAAAGGCGGAGGAGACGCAUCUCAAACUACACCAAAAAUAUGGACAAUACGUACGUCUUGGGCCUAACCUGGUCAGUGUCCAGAACCUGGACGCGUUGAAGGUCAUUUAUGGAGUCAACAAAGGAUACACAAAGACGAAAUUCUAUGAGCCGCAGCAACAGCUCUUCAAUGGAAAUCCCACGCAAACUCUUUUCACGACCCUGGAUGAGGACUUCCAUGCCAGGAUCAAGCGUCCAAUCUCGUCGGCUUACUCCAUGAGCACAUUAACUGAAUUUGAGGUCUUUGUGGACAAGACUAUCCACACCAUGAUCGGUAGACUCGAUGAGUUUGCUAGAGAUGGUCGCGUCUGCGAUAUGGCUACUUGGCUGCAGUACUAUGCCUUCGAUGUCAUUGGAGAGCUCACCUUUGGCAAACCUCUCGGCUUUUUGGAACAAGGAAAGGAUAUCAGCAACAUCAUGCUCUCGCUGGAAAGAAACCUAGAUUAUGCAGGCAUGGUUGGACAGAUGCCCUGGCUGGACCAUCUCAUCGUCAAGAAUCCCAUCAGACGCAUGAUGGGCGGGAGUGCAACUGGAGCAAUUGCCAAAUUUGCCCGCGAAUGCCUAGAUGAACGACUGGGGCGCGGUGAUACAAAGUCUGAGAAACCUCUUCGACGGGAUUUUCUGACUCGUUUCCUUGAGGCCAAGGUGACGCAUCCGCAAGUCGUCACCGAUCAACAGGUCUUUUCGUACACCCUUAGUAACGUCAAUGCUGGAUCUGAUACAACUGCAAUCUCACUUCGAGCGGUUCUUUACUACCUGUUGAAGAAUCCUCCUAUUCUCGAAAAAGUGUGCAAGGAGAUUGAACACGCGCACAACGAAGGCAAGUUCUCUAUCCCGGUGACGUGGAAGGAGAGUCAAGAGCUACCGUACCUUGACGCGGUCAUCAAGGAGGCUCUUCGUCUUCAUCCUGCUGUUGGACUGCUCUUGGAAAGAAUCAUACCUGAGGGUGGUCUCCAGCUACCAGACGGUCCUUUUCUCCCCGCCGGAGCUGUGGUCGGCAUCAACCCUUGGGUCAUGCACCACUCUCCCAUCUUUGGCGAGGACUUGGACUCCUUUAUACCUGAGAGAUGGCUCCAGGGUGCAAAGGAGACAAAGCAGCAAUACGACGCCCGAAAGUCUGAGAUGCUUGGUGCUACUUUCACGUUUGGCGCGGGAUCUCGUACUUGCAUUGGCAAGAACAUUAGUUUGCUGGAGAUUUACAAGGCCAUACCGACUCUUCUCUAUCUCUUCAAGGCAAGUAUUUGUUUCCAAAGUUUUCCUUAA